AUGGAAUUUCAGGACUACUAUGAAAAUUCUAAUCACAUAAAUAUUAUGAACACAACUGGACCUCAUAGACACUGUCAGGAUGAAGGAAAAGCCCGAAAUCACAGAGGAAGUCGAUGUUUGGUGUUGAUCACAGUGUGUCUCGGGAUCCUUUGUCUUCUUCUGAUUGCAGCCGUCAUUCUUCAGCACUUUCAGUGCACUUCUAAACGAGGAUUUCUGUGGGGUCCAGAUGGCUUGUUUAUGUCCAGUGUGCCGAUGAGCUGGACUGAGAGCAGGCAUUACUGCAGAGAUCGAGGAGGUGAUCUGGUCAUUAUCAACACUGAAGAGAAGCAGAUACACAUAUCUUCAUUAAUCAAGGAGAGUGUAUGGAUUGGUUUGUCUGACAGUGAGACUGAGGGGAUUUUGAAAUGGGUGGAUGAUUCACCACUCAAACAAGGGUAA